ACUUUUUCAUUUCUUGUUUCAAAAGUACAACUGAAAAAAACGUGUGGAUCCCGGCGAUUGCAGGAGUCGAGGCACUCGUACUCGAACAUCGUUACGGUGGCGCAGCCUCCGGGGUAGUCUCUCGCGAAACACAUGGACCAGAGAAGGCCGAUCCCGAGCUCACACCCUCAGCUUUCUCCGUAGUCUCACAUCCUCUCGUCCACUCCAUGGCUCUGUCUCUCUGCGACUUCCGACCUCGCUUCCUCUCUCCUCUUCCACCGUCGCGAAGCCUCCUCGUCAUCCGCCACCGCACUGCUCUCCGUUUCGCUACCAAUAUUAAACUCCGACGCUACCUCUCCCCUGCCUCUCCCUGCUCCGAGCGAAACAGAUUCUUUUCUGCCCUAAAUUCUGUUUCGAUUAAUGGAGCCCCGGCGCCGAGCAGUCCGGACGAGUCCCGGACCGAGUGCGGAGGAGAAAACGACGUCGAGUUCCGGGAAAGGUUGCGGAAGUGGAUUCAUUUUCUACGCUCGGUUGUGCCUGGGGGGAGCUGGUGGAGCUUCCCCCACCAUGUCGAAGUUGCGAUUACGGCGAAGCCGGUGACGGUGUUGCGGGCGCUGGGUGGGAUGUGGAACUUGGUUGCUAAAGAUCGAUGGGUCAUCUUCGCUGCCUUUUCUGCCCUAGUUCUUGCUGCGCUUUCAGAGAUCUCCAUACCCCAUUUCUUGACAGCAUCAAUCUUUUCAGCACAGAGUGGAGAAGUCUUGGUGUUGCACCGGAAUUUGCGUCUUUUAGUUGUGUUAUGUAUCACUUCAGGAAUAUGCAGGUCAAAAUCUUUGGUCUACGAGGUUGCUGUUUCGGCAUUGCGAAUAUGAUCCUUGUCAAGCGAAUGAGAGAAACAUUAUAUUCCACUCUUCUUUUUCAGGAUAUAUCCUUUUUUGACACUGUAACAGUUGGUGAUUUGACAAGUAGGCUUGGGGCAGAUUGUCAGCAAGUGUCACGUGUUAUUGGAAAUGACCUUAAUUUCAUAUUACGAAAUGUUCUUCAGGGCACUGGUGCAUUGAUCUACUUGCUGAUUUUAUCAUGGCCACUUGGAUUAUGUACAUUGGCAAUUUGUUGUACUCUAUCAACGAUUAUGCUCGUCUAUGGCCAGUACCAAAGGAAAGCUGCAAAGCUAGUUCAAGAGUUCACUGCUUCUGCCAAUGAAGUUGCGCAAGAGACAUGCUCUUUGAUGCGGACUGUGCGUGUAUAUGGAACCGAGAAACAAGAACUGGAAAGGUACAAGCUUUGGCUGGGAAAAUUGGCUGACAUUAGCUUGCGACAAAGUGCUGCAUUUGGAUUUUGGAAUCUGAGCUUCAACACUCUUUAUCACUCAACACAGGCUAUUGCUGUGCUGAUUGGAGGGAUGUCAAUUCUGGCUGGUCAUAUAACAGCUGAGCAACUUACGAAGUUUAUACUGUAUAGUGAAUGGCUGAUUUAUUCAACAUGGUGGAUAGGGGACAGUAUCUCAUCAUUGAUGCAAUCUGUUGGCGCAAGUGAGAAAGUUUUUCAAUUGAUGGAUCUAUUGCCAAGUGAGCAAUUUGUAUCAAAAGGAUUAAAGUUGGAAGGGCUGAUGGGACAUAUUGAGUUUGUGGACAUAUCUUUUCGUUAUCCUUCAAGGGAAGCAGUACCCGUACUGCAGCAUGUUAACAUUUCAGUGCAUCCAAAUGAAGUGGUUGCAAUUGUUGGACUUAGUGGUAGUGGAAAAAGCACAUUGGUGAAUCUUCUACUCCGUCUUUAUGAGCCAACAAGUGGUCAGAUAUUGAUUGAUGGCUUCCCUCUUAGAGAGUUGGACGUCAAGUGGCUUAGAGAAAAAAUUGGAUUUGUGGGACAGGAGCCCCGACUUCUGCGAACAGAUAUCAGUUCAAACAUAAAAUAUGGAUGUCCUAGAGAUGUCAAGCAGGAGGACGUGGAGUGGGCUGCUAGGCAGGCUUAUGCUCAUGAUUUCAUCUCCUCUCUACCGAACGGCUACAAAACCAUAGUUGAUGAUGAUUUGCUCAGUGGGGGGCAAAAGCAGCGAAUUGCAAUUGCCCGGGCCAUUCUUAGGGAUCCAACCAUUUUAAUCCUCGAUGAAGCCACUAGUGCCCUUGAUGCAGAGACCGAACACAACGUCAAGGGUGUUCUUCGGGCUGUCAGAAAUGACUCAAGGACAAAGAGAACUGUCAUAGUAAUUGCACACAGGCUAUCGACGAUACAAGCUGCUGACAGAAUUGUGGUAAUGGAUGAUGGUCAAAUUAUCGAGAUGGGCAACCAUAAGGAGCUUCUCCUGGAAGAUGGAUUGUAUGCACGAUUGACAAGAAGACAGGCUGAUGCCGUGGCAUGAUGUUGGAGACAGAUGUAUCAAACAUUCCAUUUUGUUUCUCAUCUGAGCUACUCCUAAAUCCUAAUUAGAUGCAUUAUGGAGGUUCGAGCAAUUCUUUUUCACUGCUAAACCCCUUAUAUUUACAACAUAUUAUACAUCGACAAAAGUUGGAAUUUUUUUUUGGGAAAAGAGAAACUCAAGAAGUACAAUUGAAGCAGUUAAGUGCAGCGAUGUCAAUUCGCGGUAGUGUGGAAGCCAUGCUGUGUAAGGAGUGGAUGGGCGUGGAAUGACUUGUACUGCAGAACAUAGUUGGAUCCAUAGCAUGCUACUGAAAUUAAAUGCAUCCAUGCUUUGCAGCUUGUGAAAAUCCCUAGGGUAGACAGAAGAAACAUAGAAGCUGGAAUUGCUGGAUUGAGUUGAGCUUGGAUGGUCAUGUCAAUAAAGACUAUUGCAUUACUUGUAUGAAGACUCAUUUAAGAAGUAUCAGUCAUAGAUUUCCCAUUUAGUUAUUUA